AUGGCUUCGUUAAACGCACAACAAAAAAGAGCGUUAGAAUUCGUUUCUGGGGGUCACAAUCUAGUACUGUUGGGUCCGGCAGGCACCGGUAAAUCCUUCUUGGUGAAUAGAGUUGUAGAAAUAUGUUCUACCACGGGGAAACAAUGUGCAGUUACUGCCACAACAGGGAUUGCAUGUUCUGUGUAUCCUGCCCAGCUCAAGCCAAUGACCAUACAUCGUUGGUCAGGGAUAGGUGAUGGUCGUUAUGGCUCAUCUGAAAUGAAAAGAACUGUGAAAAAUAACGUCCGUUAUAAAGACGUGAUGGACAGAAUUUCCAACACAGACGUUCUGAUCAUUGAUGAAUGCUCAAUGCUUAGUAAAAGACUACUUGAAACUUUGCAUGAAGUAUGUUCUUUAAAACAUCCACAACUUUAUUUUGGUGGGAUCCAAGUAAUACUUGUUGGUGACUUCGUGCAACUUCCACCUGUGCCUUGUGCUAGAUACAACGAGGAUGGUUCAUAUUGCUUUGAAAGUGAUAUUUACAGAGCAGCUUUCCCUCACCAUAUUAUUCUUAAAGAUGUUAUUAGACAGAAAGACAAAUUAAUGGUUGAGGCUAUCCGUGAAAUAUCUUUAGUUUUUGAUCCCCGGAAGAACAAAGUUGUUGCUACCCGAGAGCAGUUGCCCCUAAAGCCAGCAUAUGCUUUGACAAUACAAGUCGACUGCAGGGAUAUUUUCAAACCGGGACAGCUUGGUGUAGCCAUUGGUAGAGCUCGUUCCUUAGAUGGACUUAGAGUUAUAAAUUUCAACAAGAAUGCCUGUAUCAAACAGCCAGAGAAAAUCCAGAGGUUUCUCACUUUGGAAGAUUCUAUUGAGACAAAGGAUGAUAGAAGCUGUUGUAACAAUUAUGCCAGUCUCAGAUCAGAUAACCAAGUGAAAGAAGUAAUGAAUGACAAAAUCAUUAUGAGAUGUAUAGUUAUUGCUUAG